AUGGAACUCUCGUACCAUCAAACAACAGGGCCUUCCUUGCAGCUUCGUACCUUGAGGGGAGUUCCCGACAAUGCACAGUGCGUCAAUUUUGCUCUGAAUGGAAACAUAGACGGAUUGAAGUUUUUGUUUCGCCACGGAUUGGCGUCACCACGUGAUUAUGAGACUUGCAAAUUCUUGAUACAAGCAGGCGCUGAUGUCGACUACAAACCACUUGGCGCAUUUGAUAAUAGCCCACGUAUUAAGGCAUGUCAUUCCCUUCUGGAAGGUAAUCUUUCCGAGUUCACUGUUGGGGCUCUUCGUGGCAUCACAAACGGCAGCGAGUAUCUCGAUGAUUUCAUAGUGGAGUCAAGUUUUACUCAAACGCAUCGAAUCAUUCUCGGUCUCUCAAUCGGCGAUUUGGAGCGAGAACUAAUUUCUCAUCCUGGUGAAAUCAACACGCAAGAUUCGAUGGGCCGCACAGCCUUGGCGUGGGCUGCCGCCCAGGGGGAUAGCCAUUCCAUUUUGACCUUGCUCAGAUAUGGCGCUGAUCCGAACAUAAUGGACUCCCAGAUAUCUGGCCCGUUGUCGAAUGCUUCAGCCCAGGGUCAUACGGCUUGUGUAAAACUCCUGCUUGAUGCAGGUGCAAAUCCUGACCCUCCACGUCCGGGCGGUAUCAACAAGGGCGGACCUUUAAAUGUUGCUGCCCGAAGAUCUAAUGAUCCGAUUCUUGUUAAACUUCUCUUGGAUUUUGGAGCCGAGGUUGAUCAAUUCGGGGUAGACGGCAAGACAGCCCUUUGCCAUGCCGCGCAAAAUAAUGAUGCUUCUCUAGCAAUACUUCUUCUGGAGUAUGGUGCUGAAAUCAACAAAACUACCAUCACUGGAGAUACACCAUUAACUAUUGCAAUCACGCCUAAUAGUCACCAUGUCCUGAGGCUUUUUCUUGAGCGGUGGCACCACUAUUCAAUACGUCCUCGACUCAAAGGACCGCAUCUUCUCGAAAUUACAGCCAAGUAUGGAGACCUCGAAACAAUUGGUAUAUUGGCGAACACGAAUCAUUUUCGCCUCAAAUAUGACGAGAAAUUCACAUUAAGUGACUUCAGCAAAGUGAUUCAGGAACGUCCCAAUGGGGCGGACAAGUUGACUCUGGCAUUUGAGGAACUACUCAGCAUAUUUAAGCAUGCUCCUCAUGCAGCAGAACAGCAAGAAAGUCUAGUGGAGGCAGGGUGUUGGCCGUGUUUGGCCUCGCGCUCAACUACGUGGGAAACAGCAAAUGAAAGCCCACAGCGAAGUGAUGAUGAAUCUGACGACCAAUUACAUAACACGCAAGCCCUGCCAGAAGAUGAUAAUCGACACACAUACAUACGAGGAUUGCGGAGAAAGACACUAGGGGCACGUCUAGAUCACUAG